UAUGAAUUUAUUGGUGAUGAUUUAUAAAAAUGGGGCCGCUUGUUUCUUAUCAUAAGAAAUUUUUGUUAUUUGUAUAUCAAAUUAUUUUAUUUUCAUUAGUAACACAAUGUUAUUCUAACGAAAUUCUUGGUUGUGGUGGAUUUGUAAAAAGUCACGUUAGCUUAGAUUUUUCUAAAAUAGAAAUAGGCCUAUACACUAAAGAAGGAAUUCUCAAAGAAAAAACAGAAUGCGCUCCGACAAAUGGGUACUAUUUUCUACCUAUGUACGAGCACGGGGAAUAUGUUUUAAAGGUUCACCCUCCAGCUGGAUGGAGCUUUGAGCCUUCAGAAGUAGAGUUAGUGGUCAAUGGUGAAACAGACCAAUGUUCUAAUGGACAAGAUAUAAACUUUGCUUUUAAUGGAUUUGGUAUAACGGGUCGCGUGAUAACAGCUGGCCAGAGUACUGGGCCGAGUGGUAUAACGGUCCAGUUGGUGGACAAUAAUGGGCAAGUCAGAGAGACAAUCUCAUCUACAGGUGGAGAUUUUCACUUCACCCCUGUGAUCCCCGGAAAGUACACACUUAAAGCAUCACAUCCAAAAUGGAAGUUGGAGCCAGCUAAAGCAGUGGUGCAGGUGAAGGAGGGGAACACUGCACUGCCUGUGGGGGUACUUGCAGUUAAGGGUUAUGAAGUGGUGGGCUCGGUGUCUUCAUUUGGUAGCCCUAUUGAAGGAAUAUAUGUCUUGUUGUACUCUAAAGUGGAGAGACAGAAGUUCCGUGUAGAAGGUUGCAACACCGCACUACUGCAAGGUGUCCCAGACUCUCCAAUAUGUCACUCUGUGACAGACGCAUCUGGAGAGUUUCAAUUUGGUUUGGUUCCGGCUGGAGAGUAUAAAUUGUUGGCUCUGUCCAAGCCCCCUGGACAAGCCACCAUCAGCUACAACAUUCAGCCAGAUAAUGUCCCAUUUACUGUGAAGCAUGACAAUAUUUACAUCAAAAAUGCUUUUGAAGUAAGUAACUUAAAAGUAAUUUUAAGGAAGUAG